AUAUGGGCCGACUGUUAGCCGCAUUUCAAUGCUGUGAAUAGAAGAAAGCUUAUUUAGGAAAAUAUUUUAUCAAGAGGCAUACUUACGAAAACUUCACUCCAUAUCGGCUUUGUGGCUGUCCAGAACCUUAUACACCCAGGUUAUUGAAACAAUUAUCUUUUUAGGAAAAUGCAAAACAUGGAUCAUGAUCACGGAUAUGCAUCAUUUGCAUUGCAACCGAGUACCGAAAUGAUGGAACUACGUCCUAUCUAAUGGUUUUUUUCUGCUCUGACGUCAGUUUCAUCGGUCGUGCCCGCUACUCCUAUUAUUCUUGCUUCGACAUUGUUGGCUGGCUCAUCGUCACCGCCACCUAUAUUUGUUUCGUCAGAUAUGGUGACCGUUCCAUCGUCACGGCCACCCAUCCGUGAUGUUUGCGGUACAUUUCUUUUGGGUGAAUCUAUGUCCGGUUCGUCAGCCAAGCCAGGACAGCGAUCCUCUUCCGGACCGUCAUUGUUGACCGUCCCAUCGUCACCAUCACCCAUCACUAAUAUUUCCGGUUCGUUUCUGUUCAAAGGAUCAAUGCCCAGUUCGUCUGCCAAGCCGGGACCUCGAUCCUCUUCCGGAACGUCAUUGUUGACCGCCUCAUCGCCACCAUCAACCAUCCCUGAUGUUUCCGGUACGUUCCUUUUCGAUGGAUCUUUGUCCGAUUCGUCAGCUAUGCCGGGACAGCGAUUCUCUUCCGAUUCGUCAGCUAUGCCGGGACAGCGAUUCUCUUCCGGAUCGUCAUCCUCAACCAGUCUGCCGUCUUUACCUGAUACUUUUUCAUCAUCCGGUGUACAUGAGUGUGUUAUAACUCGAAAACAAGUGGACAAUCUUAUUAAGCUAUCGAAGCAGACUACGGCUCGAAAUUAUGUUUUACGCAAUGGAUACUAUAGCAGGGACAACAUCACGCAAUGCAGCCAUUACUGCCAUUGAUACAGAAGAGGCAUUAGAAGCAUUUAAUGCUAACUUAGAAGCUAACACGUAUGUGACUGAGAUGCUCAGCUCACUUUUGAAUACAAUAGGUUAUAUAAAAUAUGUUAAAAGAAGACCGAAUAAUAGAUCUAUUGUUUACUAAAGAUGUUUUUUCUAAAUGUUGGUCAGGGAUUAGUAAUAAAAAUCCAAAAAUCGCAUUUUUUGAUCUUGGAAACUUUACGUAAAGUUGCAUAAUUUAAGAAGCUAAGAUAAUUAUUAGUCCAACGUAAGUUUGAAAUCAUGGGUUCAAGUCCCGAAUAGACCGCGUCCCCAUACGUAGGACUAACUAUCCUGCUAUGGUUACAAUAAGUCAC